AAAGAUGCUCAUGUUGAAUUCAUUAAAUCUACUCUUAAAGAGAUACCUACUCCUUUUACUGCAUUAGAUUCAAGUAGAUCUUGGUUAACAUUUUGGAUUUUGAAUUCCGUGUUGAUGCUCAAUGUGCCUUUCGAAGAAACCAAACAUAAAGCUUUAGUUGAUACUAUUUUAUCAUUCCAAGAUCCUAAUGGUGGUUUUGGUGGAGGUCCAGGACAAAGUGCUCAUCUAGCUUCUACCUUUGCUUGUACAUUAGCUUUACCAUCCUUACUAGCUAAAUCCAAAGCUGAUCUUGUUCAACGAACUUGGUCAAAAGUCAAUCGAGAUGGAAUGUAUGAAUGGAUCUUAACUCUCAAACAAUCUAAUGGUAGUUUUCUUAUGCAAAAGAAUGGAGAAUCAGAUGUUAGAAGUUGUUAUUGUGUAUUGAUUGUUUCAACUUUACUUAAUUUCUUAACACCUGAAUUAGCCAUCGGUUUACCUGAUUUUAUUGCUGAUAGUCAAACUUAUGAAGGUGGUUUUAGUUCUGGAUCAGCAACACUCAAAGCCAUCUCAAACAGCCAACCACUCUCAUCCGUUCCUCUUGGUGAAUCUCAUGGUGGUUAUACUUCUUGUGGUGUACUUUCACAUUUCCUUUUGAAAAGCUUAUCAAAUUUGAUUCCAAUCACCUCGAUCGAUUACAAAGCUUGUUGGCGUUGGUUAACAAGUAUGCAAGGAUUACCAAUCAAAGGUGGUGGGUUUAGAGGUAGAAGUAAUAAAUUAGUAGAUGGUUGUUAUGCUUGGUGGUGUGGUGGUCUAUUCCCUGUGAUUGAGAAUUUAAUCCAAGAAGAAAUCAAUCAAUUCAAAAUUGAAGACGAAAAAGAUGUAUUCGAGUUUUCCAAUUCAUCAUACAAUCGUCAAGGAUUACAAGAAUAUGUACUUUUAGCUUCUCAAGGUCAACCCAUACCAGAAGGAAAAGGAGGACUACGAGACAAACCAUUUAUGGAAGUCGAUAUUUAUCAUACACAUUAUGUACUUUCUGGUUUAUCAUCUUCUCAACAUUUUCAUCAAUUCUCUUUGGAUAAAUUACAAGAUCUUGAAUGA